AUGCGUGAGCGCGUAACUUUUGUCCACAACGACUAUACCCUUGACCCUGAGGCGUUGGAUAAGCAAGAAGCUGGGUUACUGGGACCCCAGAUCGAGACAAUUCGUCAGGACAAGCUCACUAUACCUUUCAGUGAGCUGCCUCGUGAGCUCUCCGACAUACUUCAAGAGUAUGAAGCACUUCAUGUCAGAUGGGCUAGCCCCGUUAAAUCAGAGAUAAUGGACCCUUUCACCUCCCGUAUCUCGCCAGGUCUUCAUGUCUAUGCCACUCCGAUCGCCCCAAAUUCAUGCAACCCGACAAAGCUUUGUAGUUGGCUUCAGAGGUUUGGCCCACUAGACUGUUCCAAGCCCGAGCCGCAGGCAUUCACCGAAUUCAAGCAGAGCACAUCCGCUUCCCCCAACUUCUCCUUCUACCAAGCACUUGAGGACUUGCAUUCCUUCAUAACCACCAGCUCUCAGGAGUUCUGCCCCCAGCUCGAUUCAGUCUGCAACGCCCGAUUGCGUAGCCUUUUGACGGCUACUAGCCUGGAUUUAUCCUUCGACAAAACUACCAACUCUCUCGCUGUUUCAGCACUAUGGCCUCUUCGACCUCAAACCGUGGCAGUUCCUGCGUCUACCGAAAGGAGGGUAGAGGUCGGCAUUUUUGUUAACGACCGAUCGCAGCCAAACAUGAAGGAGAAUGAGCUUGGAGUUGCUGGCGUAUUGUCUGUACUUGGUGACCAGAAGAAGCCUUCACCGACCAUUUUCACUUUUCCUGCCCGGCAUCGUCGAGAUGAAACGGGCUUCAGCUCCAAGUUCCUGGUGCCUACAGGGCUUCAUCCAACCCUGCAACUUGUGUUAAGCUCUAGCAAGCCUCCGAGUACCGAUGACGAGUGUACACCCUACGCGUUCUUGACAUUACCGAAAACCAUUUUUGCGGAUCGAUAUCAGCUGGGAGAUGACUUGUUUCUGGCAUCUAAGAACCUCACUUCAUUGCGAUAUACCACACUUCCUGUUGACCUGGAAGCGCCAGCAUACACCACCGAGACAUGGGGCUCAAGCAUUCUUGUUGCUCUCGCACCACCCGACUCUGGUUUAGAGCAGCCAUGGAGUGCUGAGAUACCGCUGCACCUACGAUACCUGAAGCCUUCGGCAAGUGGUCAAGCCGAGAUUGAGGUGCCUUAUCCUGCAGUCUUUUGGGCGUGUUCCUCGACAGAGGAGACAUUGGAAAGCCCAUUCGAUCGACUGCACGUAGGGUAUGAUGAUCUGUUUCCUCGCAACACUGUCUUUUGGCACAAUAAUCCUCAACCAGAAGGCGGUAGCAGGCUCAUGAACAGAGUCACAGUACCUGUGCUCAAGGACGAGGGAGUGGGUUCAAUCAGGUCAGGCACAGCGAUCGUUGUUGCGCUAGGUUUUGGAUGGGUUUUAUGGAACAAGCUUGAACUACUGGAACAGGAGCUGAGGUCUAUCAAAGAAGUCGUUCACCCCAGAAGAAAUACAGAACCAGUACCGAUUCCCCAGACCAACGUGACUGCAUUCCCUACAUCAACUGCCGCGGACAAUAACGCUGUAUUUCCGCUAUCAACCAAUCUUCAAAGUCCCCAACAGCCCCCAUCUUUUACACCAUCAGCUCCAUUGCUGCAAAAGACGGCGUCUGCGAAAUCUCGUGUACUGAAUGGGCAAGUCGUGUCUGGUCAGGAUAUUGACUGGUAUUUUGAGAAAUACUUGCAAUGUUUUCACCCAUACCUACCCGUCCUGAGAAAGAAAGACCCCGACCAAUGCUUCGAAGCAUCGCCGACUCUCUUCUGGACAGUCAUAUUCACUGCUUGCCGUCGGUACGCCAAGAGCGGGCAGAUCGUAACCUCAUUACUCGAUACUCUCAACCGUGAUGUAUGGGGCCUGCUUCGAGCUGUCGCAUUAGAUCUCGAAACUAUCCAUGUCCUGUUGAUCAUCUGCAGCUGGCCGUUUCCGACUAUCAGAUUUGUUACAGAUCCAUCACCUACUUUCGUGAGCAGUGCGCUCAACGCAUGCAUGCUUCUAGGUCUGCAUACCGGUCGAGGAUCCCACCCUAGUUUCUUGAUCGGUGGCCGCCAGCAUAUGACGUCACAAAGGAAUGUCGUUAAAGACACUCUUGCGCCCGAACUCAUGACCCUGUUCGAACUUCAGAAGUUCUCAAACCGUCUACACACAGCCAUGACAGCCCAGAUACUGUCGAAUAACGCAGUUCCCGAAACCGUCGUCAAAACGUGGGAAGACGAGUUUGAGGUUCUAAGACCCCUCGUCACUCAUGUUGAGACAGACUGUUCUCGUUUCAUAAUCCUAAUUGCCCAGCUGGAAGUCCAGGCCUAUUACUUCGUCUCACUUCCCGAUCAACGCCCGAAUUUCACCAUCAACGCCCUCCGUGCAUACAGCACAUCUCAGAACCUCAUUAACGCAGCCAUCACUCUCGAAUCUAUGACCCAACUCCUAACCCAUAGUACUCACUGGAUAUACCGUGCUGUUAUUGACGCGUGCUGUAUCCUCAUGUCCACAUUGCACUCCAAAGCGACCCCACCACAUAUCUCAGCUUCAGACGCCGACGCAGUUGUGGUACAGAUCAUGAAUGUUCUCCGGACCUGCUCCGUACGUGAUAAUGACCUCCCAAUGCGUGCAUCCGUCACUUUGGAGACAUUCUGGUCCGUGAGGCAUAUGCUACCAAAAUGGGAUAUCCCCGUUGGCACAUGGCCCGAUCGCAUCGGGGCUGCAACAUCGUACUGGUGUCUUGCCCGAUUCAAACAAGCAUUGCAAGAGGCCAAGAAUAGUACAGAUGGCGCUCAGAAAGGUAUGGAGGUCUAUGAAGCAAAUCUUCUCACCACCAACAACAACAAAGAUAACGAUGACGAUGCCGAACCUAAUCCGGAGAUCAAUCCGGGUCAAAAUCAGACCAUAGACAGCUCUAUCGAUCCACUUCAGGGUAUUGACUGGUCCAUGAUCAUCGACGACUUUGGAUGGAUUGGGGAGGGUCCUAUAUUUCUAGGUCCAGCAUAG